AUGAGAAUUCACUGUUUAGAAAACGUUGACAAAUCUUUGAACUUUUUGGCGCAACAUAAAUUUCAUCUUGAAAACAUUGGUGCCCAUGACAUAGUUGAUGGAAACCCAAGAAUUAUAUUAGGGCUUCUCUGGAUCUUGAUUUUACGUUUUCAAAUUGAUGAUAUUACUAUUCUUGAACGUGUUGAUGGUGCGGGUCCAAGACAAAGAGAAACUCGUCGUUUUUCUAGAGAUGCCCUUCUUUUAUGGUGCCAAAUAAAAACAGCUGGCUAUCAAAAUGUUCAUAUUAAGGACUUUUCUACUUCGUGGAGUAACGGUCUCGCAUUAAACGCCUUAAUACAUAAGCAUCGUCCUGACCUGAUUGACUUCAAUAGACUUUCUCCAAGUGACCCUUUAGCUAAUCUUGAAUUAGCGUGCCAUACUGCUGAAACUAUGCUUAAUAUACCAAGACUUUUUGAUCCGGAAGAUAUAUGUGUUGAAUAUCCAGAUGAAAGAUCUAUUAUUACAUAUGUUUCCCAGUACUACCACUAUUUUUCAAAGUUGAAAUCAAGUGCUGUUCGAGCUCGUCGUAUCAAGCAUAUUCUUUCACAGAUACAAGAUUUCAUGGAUAAUGCAAAAAGAUACGAAAAUCUAGCUAGUAAUCUUCUAGCAUGGAUUCGCCGUACUAUUGAUCACUUGAAUAAUCGCGAUUUCGCGCAAUCUCUGGAAGGUGUUCAAAGGCAGUUCACAAGUUUUUCUAAAUAUAGAACAAUAGAAAAACCUCCUCGAUUUGCUGAAAAAGGAAACCUAGAAAUUGAACUUUUUACCCUACAGAAUCGUAUGCGAAUAGCUAAUAUGUAUGCUUUUGUGCCUAUUGGAGCGCUGAGUGUAGCCAAGCUCAAUGAAGCUUGGGAGAUGCUGGAAAAGUCUGAACAUCAUCGUGAGCUUGCUUUAAGGGAAGAACUGUUAAGGCAAGAAAGAUUAAAUCAACUCGCUUUGCGUUUUCACAAAAAGGCAACAAUGAGAAUAUCUUGGAUCUUAGAAAACAAAAAGCUCAUGGUUCAAGGAAAUUUUGGAAGCGAGAUUAUAUCUUUGCAAGCAGCCCUUAAAAAACACGAGGCACUUGAAGCAGAUGUUUACACAUACUUUGAUCGCAUACAGGCCGUCCAUUUGAUAGCAGCUGAGCUAGAAAAAGGUUCAUAUAGUGAGAUAAGUAGUGUUUUAUCCAGAAGAAAUGAAGUAGAGUCCCUGUGGCAACAAUUACUGAGCAUUAUGAAGGAACGUCGCGAACGAUUGGAACUUAAAAUUAAAUAUCAAAAAGAGUUUUCGGAAGCAAAUCAUCUUCUAAAAACAAUAGAGUAUUUAACUAAUAGAAUACAUUCUGAAGAAGGCAUUGAAAGUGAUCAAUUUGCAUCAAUGACAGAUCUGCUUCAACGUCAGGAAAUUAUCGAAGCAGACAUUCGAGCUCUACAUCAUAGUAUUCUUCUCCUUGCAGAACAAUCAAAUGCUACAAUAUUGAGGGCAAAAACGUUCGAUACACGCACUAUUUCCGCAGAUGUUGUUAGAGAAAAUGAAAAUUUACUUCAGGAUAACUAUACAAAGUUGGUAGGCUUGGCUGAAGCACGGCGAACGAGGCUUGAACGCAUGAGUCUCCGUUAUCAGAUCCUCAAUGAAGUUGCAUCAGAAAGAAAUUGGCUUGAAGAAAAAAUAAACGUUCUACAGCACCUUGGGCUGCCUCAUGACCUGAAUUCAGCCGAGCGAUUUGUUCGGCAACACCAUACAUUGCAA